CCUUAACCAUUUACAUCGCCUCAUCCAGUUCAACCAACUCAACAAACUCAUGCUAGACACUCAACGGACAACAUUCUCUUUUUCAUAUAAAGCAUCGAAACUUACAUUUCACUGAAAACAAGAAGAAAUUGGGGUUAGAAUUGGGUCAUUACUUCAAACAUGUCCUCCUCAUUACUUCAUCCACCUAGUCACUUACCUCCAGCUACAGCCUUGCAACAUUCACAGCAAGCUCCGACUAUACUUGGAAAUACUACCGGUGCCAUUUCAAGCUCGCUUUUUCAGUCUCUCCUCUCAGCUCCGGAAACUCCUGAGUUGUGGACUACGUACGAGAAUCUCCUAUUAUCAUGUCUCCGGACUGGAGACGACGAAUCAGCACAUCAAUGUCUAGGGAGACUCGUAAACAGAUUUGGUGACGACAAUGAACGCAUUAUGGCAUUGAAAGGUAUACUUAAGGAGGCGGACGCCGAUGAUUCCGCUUCAUUAGAUGCCGUUUUGAAGGAAUAUGACCAGAUUUUACAAGACAAUCCCACCAAUAUCCCCAUACUGAAGCGUCGCGUAGCACUUCUACGGUCUACUGGACGGAUUUCAAAGGCUGUCGGCGCUUUGAUAUCACUUCUUGAUAUCUCACCUACGGAUGCGGAGGCAUGGGCCGAGCUUUCCGACCUUUACUUUUCUCAGGGGCUAUACUCACAAGCCAUAUUUGCGCUUGAAGAGGUUCUUGUCCUCCAGCCAAAUGCUUGGAAUAUGUAUGCCCGUUUAGGCGAGAUAUUGUAUAUUGCGUCGAAGUCGUCGGGCAACACAGGUCAAUUAGUCGAGGCCCUCAAGCGCUUCAGCCGAAGUAUCGAGCUGUGCGAUGGUUAUUUACGAGGUUAUUACGGCCUUAAGCUAACUACGAAGCAGCUUCUAAGCAACCCCCAGGAAGCAUUGCCAAAUCGGACAGAUUCCGAUGAGUUCGCCGUACCUGAUCGGACCACGCUUAACAGACUUGAUGAGAUGGCUACUGAGAAGCUAGCGGAGAUCGUGCGGCGCAAUUCGGCAGGAGAAAGGAGCUGGCAAGGAUACGACGAAGCAGAGAUCAAAGCGACCCGAGAGCUGCUUGAGGAUGGUUCAAACGUGACCAUUAGGUGAAGAGCUGUCGUUUAUGAUGGAACUGCUGCACGGCAGAAACUCAAGUGAUCCGCGACGAUGCCCACUUUAGCCUCACUCACAUGGUCGAGUUCCUUGCAAGGUGUUGCAGGUCAUUGCAAGUCAUUGCAAGUCAUCGUGCGACUAAUGAAAGGGAGUUGCAUCUGGCAUAUGCAAAAGGGCAAAACCACCAAUUGGUGCCUUGGGUGGAUUUCGUAUCUAGAGGCGGUGGGACUUUAGGCAUGCCGACGUGUCCAGUCUAAGCAUGCAGUAUGCUGGUUUAACCAACUACUCUACUGGAUGGCUGUUCCUACAGUAUGAAUAGCACGUGGCACCAGUCGCGCGGAUUUGGUUGUCAUGAAUCGACAAGGCGGCAAUUGCAAUUGAAUGAGCAGGAACCCAGCAUGUGGCUAGCAUUAUCUGAGCCGUAAUAUUUGGCGUGUAUCUAGAUCUGGGCGCACUACAACCGCUUAAAUACCGUAUUAUAGCAUGUAUUUGGGCAGCAAAGAGUCACAUCGUCAGGCAUCGUCUAGCCGAAAGGAAUCGAGGUCCCACAGCCAGAAACAUCUAGGAUGGGCUUAGUUGCAGACAAGUUUCUAGAUCCAUCUGCCAUUUCCGCAUUGGUCAUAGUAGGGUUACUGUUCCUGAUGCUUCUCGUCUGGGA